AUGCCGUCGGUUUUCGCGGCGAUAAUCGCAGCCGUCGCUUUAUACAUCUCGGCAUCAUGGCUCGCUUUCCUCCGCCGUCGCUCUUCCUUACCCCCCGGCCCUUCCCCAUGGCCAAUCCUCGGCAACCUCCCGGACCUGGGCUUCCUGCCGUACCGCGGCCUCGCGAAGCUCGCGGACAGGUUCGGUCCGAUCAUGACCGUGUGGCUCGGGUCGAUUCCGUCUGUGAUUAUAUCCUCCCCGGAGAUGGCUUGCGAGGUGCUAAAGAUUCAGGAUAAGUUCUGCUCCUCCCGCCCGCUCUUACCCUUUAUCGCAUUCCUAACGAGCGGCGGGAACGACAUUGUUUUUUCGCCGUCCAACGACCAUUGGCGAAUGCAGCGACGGCUGGCGACGCUGCAUCUCUUUUCGUCGAGCGCCCUACAAAAGAGCCUACCUAUUCGCGAGCAAGAGAUUCGCGGCAUGCUUGACGCGAUAGCGGAAGUGGCUAAUAGCGGGGAUGCGAGAGGCGUGGAAGUGCGAGGGUAUUUGAACCGCGCGACGCUUAACAACGUCAUGCGAUUGGCGUUUGGAAAGAGUUACACCUACCGCACCAUCCGUCGCGCUGCCACCGCCGCUCCAGGAGAAAUGCUCGAAGCUGCAGUGAGAAUCGAUUGGCAGGGACGAAUCGCGGCGAUGAAAACCAGCGGCGCGAAAUCCGGCGAGCCUGCCGCGCAAUCCGCGGCGGACGAAAUGGAAGGCGAGAAGGUGAUUGCGAUAGUCGACGAGACGUUUAAGGUGGUGGGGACGUUCAACUUGGCCGAUUUCAUUCCGUGGCUGAGUCGUGUGGAUCCCCAGCGGAUCUACGCGCGCGGGAAGCGGUUAAAACCGUGUACAGAAGGGUUUGUGCUCGCAUGCAUUGAGGAGAGAAGCCAGAUGCUGAAAAGGAGAAGGCGGGAAGAGGAGGAGGGAGGGGGAAAGAAGGUAGUGAGGGAGAGGCCGUUGGUAGAUGGAAUCCUAGAAGGGGGGGAAGGAGAGGGAGGAGAGGGAGGGGAGGGAGGGGAGGGAGGGGAGGGAGGGGAGGGAGGGGAGGGAGGGGAGGGAGGGGAGGGAGGGGAGGGAGGGGAGGGAGGUGAGGGAGGUGAGGGAGGUGAGGUGAAUUUGGGAGAAAAUAAGCUGGGAGGAAAUGACUCAGGGGCGGAAGGUGGAAAAGGAGAGGAAGAAGGUGUGAAACUGGGGGCGGAUGAGACAGGAGAGGAACGAGUGCUGGUAGAUGCAUUGCUAGAGUUGGAGGGUCAAGGGGAGGAUAGAGUAAUGGGGAAGGAUAGGGUAACCAGAGAGGAUAUUAUGCUGCUUUGUCUGGAUUUGAUCAAUGCUGGCACGGACACCACUGCCAAGACUGUUGAAUGGGCCCUCGCUGAGCUGGCAAGUCACCCUGCCAUGCUGGAACGGCUCCAAGCUGAGGUUGACGCAGCAUACUCCAAGUCAGCAGCAGUUGGAGCAGCCAGAGAAGCAGCAGUGGCAGAGAAGGCAGCAGGAGAAAGCAUUAGGGAGCAGGGAGUUGAAAAGCAUCACCUCCCAACAUCUCUUCCAGUGCAGGAGAUGCCAUAUCUUCAAGCGGUGAUUAAGGAGACUCUGAGGCACCACCCACCAACACCGCUCCUAAUCCCUCACAUGACGACUGACAGGGUUGCUAUUGGCGGAUAUACCAUCCCUCCCAACACAAUGAUUCAGAUCAACGCCUGGGGUAUCGCGCACGAUCCAAGAGCGUGGGUCAACCCCCAUGAGUUUGAUCCCUCCAGGUUCUUCGGCCCAUCUGCUCCUGAUGUGACCGGGCAGCAUUAUGAGGUGCUGCCCUUUGGUUCGGGCAGGCGUGUGUGUGCAGGUAUGAAUCUGGGGCUUGAUCUUGCUGCGCGUAUGCUAGCAAGCAUUCUUUUGCGGUUUGAUCUGAAGCUGCCCGGAGAUGUGCUAGCAGCUGGUGGAGUUGACUUGGGAGAGGUUUUCAGCCUUACCACGGGACUGGCGAAGCCGCUACGGCUUGUGUUGAAGGAGAGAAAGCAGCUGAAAUCGUAA